CUGUAGUGAUCAAGUGUAAAUAAAGAGAAAAACUGGAAACCAAAAUAUACAACGACGAUGGAUGGCGAGGACUGUGCGCAUGGAUGACGACGAGUCGCGCUUUGGAAUCUAGUCGAUGGUCGCGGUUCGAGUCGUUAGUUGAGUUAAGGCAUCCGUGCAGGUUGGACGUUUGUGCAAUACGAUUUUUUUCUGUUUUUUUUUACGCUUUAUUGUUGUAUUGAUGUGGUUUUUCGUUAUUAUCGGUUUGUUUUGCUACGUAUAGAACGUCGGGACUCAAGUGUUUACGAUUGAUCGGAUAUACGGCGGUGAAGGGAGAAGAACGAUCGAAUUGUUGUAAUUGAGAGUUCUAGCGUAUACGGUGCAGCUUUAGCGUAGUCUAUAUCGCCUAGCCUAAGGAGCUGUUAGUGUUAGUGCUUUAGUGUGUUUAGUCUAGCGUACUACUGAAUCUAAGUGACUGGGACCAGUGCCGGAAGCUUAUGUAGAUUCGCGGAAAGUGCUGAAGGUCGUCAGUUGUGGGACCUCUUGAUAACUACGAAAUUGGUGAACAGCUCACGUAAUAGUGUCAAACGUUUCAAGUGAGACAGAAGCUGAAGAUUGGAGUAAACGAUCAACGUUAUUAAGCUGCGAUAUAGCUGUAGAGGGCGUUACACAGAGAAGGAGUUGCCUCGUUUCAGCGUUUCUACGUGCUUUUUUUUGGAAAUGUUUUCGUGAAAGUUGGCGGCAUUUCGCUGUUUUAAACAUUGUGUAACCGGUUUGGGACACAAGGCUGCCCGAGCUAUCGACCAACCGCCUAGCCUCAUCUCAUCCAAGUGAAACUCCCAAACAAAUUAGCAGUCGCGUGAACACCGGACCUCCACUACCUGAGACAACCGGCUCCCCUAUGAAUAUGCGCGCGUGAUUUGUAUCGGGAUUUCGACCAAGUGGCACUUGUUUACAAUCUGGAAGAAGCGAUUUCCGGCUUUCGAGAAGAGCGGGCUUAGUGAGUGGAUGUAAACAGAAGAAGAUCGGGAAGGUCGCGCUGUUGAAGGUGCUAAAAUUGAGAAAUACGUGUGAUUGUGUCGCCGAUUGUUUGCCGUGAUCUAACAGUGUGGUUCCCUUCAAGCGGAGAAGAAACGGAAGUAAGAACGUCGACGUUUGUCAACAAACGACUUGGAUAGGUGUAAAAGUCACGUGUUCAGCGAAUACUCGGUGUAAAGUUUGAGAACCUAGUUCUGGAUGUUGCUUGUGCAUUCGACAUUUCUAGCAAAGUUCGGUUCUGCAUGUGUUGUGUUUACCUGAUUUAUGUGAGGAAAUUGUGAGAAAAUACCGAUAAAAGUCGAAGAAUCAGCUGUCUUGUAAAGGCAACGGAGAGUAUUUCAUUUCAUCAGUUGUGACUAACACCUCAAGUCGUGAUUUUGGCUCCUUCAUUGUUGCGUUAAUUCGUCGUACUCGGAGCAAUAAAAAAGUGAUAGUGUUUUGUGGAUGAUUCAAGCGAAGGGGAAUUGACGGCGAAUCGAAGAAACUAGAGAACCUGUGGUGGCAGCUAUUUAUCAGAUAAGAAGAUAACACAUGUACGUUGCUCCAUAGUUCAUCGCAGUAGAUUCGUAACAAUCAAUAAAGGACGCCAACCGUCAACAGUAGCGAACCCCCUUUCCCCAUUCCCAUCCAUUCCAAUUGUCAUUGACUGUUCCCUCACCCAAAAAAAGCAACUGAAAAUCGCCAGUCAAUGUUUCACCACCGACAUCACGCCUCGUCGUCGCAGCUUUCCUCGUCCUCGUCGGUCGGUUCACCGAUGAAUCACAAAGACCUGGAGGCGGAACUGGACGAAUACCUGUCCGAGUACAAACUGCAGGGACCGCUCCUGGAGCCGAUCAGCCACUACGCGGAUGGAGAACUAGAAGCAGAAUGGCUGAACGCAGCCGGAUUUCCUCAGCUGACCCGAGCCUUCGAAGAGGGUCGUGAGCUUUCCACUUCUGAACUUGUCCCAGUCAUUGCGGGUCUUUCUACGGCCCACGCAGAAGCCGUCAAACAUCGAGUGAAAGCUCUCAAUCGAACCGUCCGCGGAAGGACGCGCAAUCGGGGCAGCAAAAAGCCGGACAUCCGCGAUGUCUUCCGUGACGUAGAUUCGUCCAGUACGGGGACCCGAUCCCGGAGCGCAACGCCGGAUUCGCUGGAUUCCCUUCCGGGCGACGACGGUUGGAACAAUGGUAUCACUAAUAAUAAUCACCAUCACCAUCACCAUCACCACCACCAUCCGCACAUCCCGAGCUUUGUGUCCGUUUUUGACGGGGGCAAUGGACCGGUGGUGCGGCCAACGCCGAUUCGCAGCAAGCAGCACCUGCGACGAACGCCCAGCGCACCGCUACGGGGUUCGGCCGAACUGUUUCGCGGGUCACAUGUCCGCUGUGAUAUUCCCUUUCAUAACGAGGGCAUAGAGUUACUGAACUUCCAGAGACUAGGAACGAUACACAUACCAAGGAUCCGAUCAGGUUCAGAUCCAUCCUGUACCAUUGGAACGCACGGCGGUCAGCACAUCUCCGGAACGCGCAGCCAUACGAACCUGUACAACGACAACCAGAGCAAUGAGGAUUCGGGUAACUCGUCGUCGGAGCAGAGUCCCCCGAACUCACCACCUCGCAGCAGUUUGCUUUGCUCCGUUGAGAACUCUCCCCUACGCUCGUCCUACGAACCCGUCAGUUUCGAGAGCAUGAUCAAACAGACGUCGUCGCCGCACGAGUCGUCGCAGAAGCUGUGGCAGCUACAGCAGGACCACCGCGAGUCCUGCUGCGACAUAGACAAAGUGUCCGAAGGGGACUUCAAGCGACUGCAACCGCUACUGUGGCUGGAGCUGGCCUCCCUGUUCGACAAGAACCACGUCGCCCUGGACAAGCGGAAACCAUUCAAACGAAAACGAAAGGAGGAAGGCAACGUCUUUGGAGUGUCACUCAAUGCCCUGGUGAGACGCGACCAACAGAUAACCGGAGAAGAUACCACCCUAGUGCCUCUGAUAUUGCAAGCGAUCUUAUCCGAGCUAAGGUUACGCGGUGCUAAAGAGGAAGGCAUCCUGCGAGUGCCAGGACAUAAACAGAAGACCGAAACACUCUACAAUGAAAUCGAACACAACUUCUACUACAAACCGGAGAAAGUAGAACCCCUGAUCAAGAAGGCCGGUGUGCACGAUCUCAGCGCGCUUCUAAAGCGAUGGCUGCGAGAACUACCUCAACCCCUGCUGGCCAACGAUCUGGUGCAUUUAUUCUACCAAACGAACGUUCUACCUCCACACGACCAGUACAAAGCAUUGGCCGUACUCUGUCAGCUGUUGCCGCACGAGAACCGUAACACCCUGCGGGAGCUGUUGAACUUCUUCCGGCUGGUGGUGAACCUGCAGGAUUCGAACAAGAUGUCCCAGCAGAACGUGGCCACCAUCAUUGCACCGUCGCUGUUUCCCCCACGGUUCAUCCAUCCUCCCGACAAGAACAACAUCGGAGCCCAGGUCCGCAUGGCUGCGCAAUGUUGCCAUCUAACGAGCGUCCUCAUCACGAUUGCCGAUGAACUCUGGCGAGUGCCAACCCGGCUCAUUGACCAAAGCAAGAUGAUCAACAAAAAUGGACAGCCCAAACGACAACUGACCCGCAAAGCCAAAAAUCCUCCUUCGAGCAAUGGUGACUUCGUCAUCGAUACCAACCAUAUCCACAGACUGGUGAUCUGAGCAAGGAAGAAGUACGCCUAGCGUUCUCGCCUACUUAUCCAUUUAGACUACUACCAUGCGCAAUCAGGAUCUAAAUUUAAACUGAUGUGUAUCCACAACGCUGCAACUGGGUUAAAUACAAUUAACUGCAGACAGUAUCAGUUUACGACCAUUCAAUAGGUUAAGAAACCUAUAUAGUACUACUAGAACCAUAUCACGUACGCGUUGAGCUGCACUUUGUGGCCCGCUCAGUUAGCUGUCCAUUCUCACUUGUUAUAGAUCGAUCGUGUAGGUAGCUAGACACAUGUAAUUUACCGCUAAUUGUUUAAACAAUCGGAUGGUUUAUUUUUUUAACAAGUGUGAGAGUUUCUGGUGUGUCUUGUAUAUGUAUUGCUCUUCGAGUGCUUACCGAUUAUUGCUUUAAAACGAGAUAAUUAUUACCCAAACAGAAGAGGGAAGUGCGCGCGAGCGUGUGUUUUGACUAUAUAGAUCUAAAUAUUUCCAUUCGGUUCCGCCGAUUGAAGUGGGAACAACAACUAAAAAUAGAAUUAAUGGGAUACCAUCCGUGCUAAAUUUAACCUCAACUGCAUUAAUACAAUUAGUUUUGGGAAAUUUUUCGGCAGCCAUAUAAUCAGGAAUUUAUAGAGCUGUCUGCGUGGCACGCUGAAAUAUAUAUAUAUAAGGAGAGAAAACAGUCGUACGGUAUUGCGUACUUACUCUAAAAUUAACCUGGAGAAACUGGAGCAUACGUAACUCACGUCAAUGAAUGAUGAUAGUCAUUGUAAUUUGUAUUUAUUACGGUGUUAUAGUCAAAGAUUGUAUAUAUGCCGAUGAUGGCAGUCAAACUUAUAAUGUGUAUAUAUAUAGGAGUGAGCAAGAAACGAUAGAAUAAACGUGUACCAUGAUGUUCUUUGUAAAGUAACAAA